CUAUUCAACCGCGGCGUCGAGUGGACGUGUCGGACGAACGCGUUAUAAAAAAAAAAUAGUUUUAUUUCUGUGUAUUGUGUGUAAGUGAUACAUUUGAGGUUAAUAGCUUUGUCUUAAAAGACAGCAUACUUUUUCACACUGGAUUUCAAAUUUGAUGAGGGUAGCGUGAUGCGUGCGCCGGCGCUGGCCGGCGGAGCGAGCGUGGAGCGCUGGUCGGAGUCCGCGCCCGCGCCGCUCACCGACUACGCGGGCAGGGCGCCGCCCGUGCACGCCUACCCCGUGUUCCCCUACGACGACCAGCUCAACCAGCGCCUGGCCAUCUGGCAAGGCGACAUAGCAACGCUAGAAGUUGACGCGAUCACAAACACAAGCGAUGAAACGCUCACGGAAUGCAACGUGGUCAGCGAGCGGAUCAUGCAAUGUGCAGGGCCUGAUCUCAAAGAGGAGAUCAUCACACGAGGACUAGAAUGUCGGACAGGCGAGGUGGUGGUGACGAGCGGCUUCGAGCUGCGCUGUCGACACAUCAUCCACACCGUCAGUCCCAAAUACGUGGCCAAGUACCACACGGCCGCCGAGAGCUCUCUACACAAUUGUUACAAGAAUGUCCUCCACGCGGCGCGGGAAGCAGGCGCGCGCACACUCGCGCUCUGCGUCAUCAGUGCGCCGCGGCGCAACUUCCCACCCGACAUCGCCGCACACGUCGCUCUUCGAACAGUUCGGCGAUACCUCGAGCAACAUUCCAUCCCCCAGCUAGUGAUCAUAGCGAGCGCGUGCAGCGCGGAGCUGGGCCCUCUGCUGACCCUGGCCCCGCUCUACUUCCCUCGCAGCACUCGCGAGGCGGACGCGGCCAGGUGGCGCCUCCGCGAGGAGGGCGGGCCGGAGGGCGAGCCCGUGCACCCGGAGAGGCGGAUACGCAUCAUACACAACCCGCAUUCGCACACCACUGACGCCGCGGAUGACGACACGUCCCUCUGCGACGAGGAGGCGGCGAUAGAAGCGGCGGCGGCGUUCGCGCGCGCCUGCUCGCCCGACACGCAGCUGCUGCUGCCUUCCAACGCGCCCGCGCCGCACGCGCCCCGCCGCCACUACGACACCGACCAAUAUGAGCGUCUGCUAAGACGCGCUCGCAGCGAGGACCUGAGCGAGGUGUCGGGCAUCGGCUGCCUGUACCAGAGCGGGGUGGACCGCCUCGGCAGACCCGUCGUCGUGUUCAUCGGCAAAUGGUUCCCCAUAUCCGACAUCGACUUGGAUAAGGCGCUGUUGUAUCUAAUCAAGCUGCUGGACCCGAUCGUGCGAGGGGACUACGUCAUCGCAUACUUCCACACUCUGGCCUCUUCAAACAACCACCCGCCCUUCUCCUGGCUCAAGGAGGUCUACACCGUGCUGCCUUACAAAUAUAAGAAGAACCUGAAAGCAUUCUACAUCGUACAUCCCACGUUUUGGACAAAAAUGAUGACGUGGUGGUUUACGACAUUCAUGGCGCCGGCUAUUAAGGCCAAAGUCCACACCCUGCCCGGCGUCGAAUACCUCUACUCUGUGAUGGCGCGCGACCAGCUAGAGGUGCCCGCCUUCGUCACCGAGUACGACAUGACGAUAAACGGACUCCACUACUUCCAGCCUGACACCAGCAGCACGUAGACCGCAGCGCGCCGCCAACUCUAUGCUCUAUAGUUAUUUUAUACUUUAUAGGUUAUACCGUAAACACGCGUCACACUACUCUAUGGAUCUACAUCCAAUAACAUUUUAAGUUGUUCACUGACAUAUUAUAAAAAGUGUAGCCAGAACGAUGACAAAAACGAAGACAGGUGAUAGUACUGAUGAUUACUGAUAAGGUACCAGGUUUAAAUCAUGUAUUUUUCAAAAAGUUCACAAUAUGUUGCAAAUAAAACAAC